AUGUCCUCCCUCGAAAGCGCGAUCGACCUAGCCGAUCGCGUCCUCUCGCGUUUCCCGGACCGUCUCACCCCCGAAAAUUGGCAUGCGUUCAAAACGCCUCUCGAGGACGCGCUUCGCUGCGCCAAAGUUCUGCGCAUGCUCCAAGGGCGUUUCCCCAAACCUUCUCACGACGACGAAGAUGCCAUCGAGGACUACGCUUCGAGACGCGCCGAGGCGAAGAUGGUGUUGAGUUUUUGUAUAGGGGAUGAUGCGUUCGCUUAUAUUGAUGAGGAACCGGUCGAGGAGAUGUGGGACGCGUUGGUGGAUCGGUUUACAAUCCUUUCCGGGGGGAGAGGGAAGACGACCAAGUUGAGGGCGAGGAAGUUGAGACAAUUGUGAGUCGACGGAGCUUGAGCCUCGUGGGAACAAGGGCUGACCGGACGCUUACAUUGGUCACGAUCAGACUCGAUCUCUCACCAACCCCCUUCACCGAAGGUGUCGAUCUCGACGCCUACGUCGCCCAGGUCGCGGAACUGGUCUACCAAAUCAACUUCCUCUACCGCCAAGAACGUCGCGACGAUGCCAAGUACGAAACGCGCAUCGUCCCCGCGUCCUAUGACCACGAUAACGCCCCUCUCAGCCCGAUAAGUUCGACAUUGGGUCACGAAGGAUUACCUUUAGACCCGGAUUCUAGGAGGGAAGCGGUUCUAGCUGAGACGGCACAGAGACUUGAUGGUGGGAGGGUCGGGAGGGGGUCGGGUCAUGAGGGGGCAGUGGAUCUGAUCUCGGAGGAUUUGCAUCGCGAGUUGUUGCAUGCCAAGUUAUUGACCGAUCAUUCGUUGCCUCAUGUUGGUUAG